AUGAGGAUUGAAUCUGUGGUCAAAGUUUCAGCAGAUAGUUUCCUUCCCAAGAUCUUCUCAGUGGUGCCAAUUCAUCUAUUAUAUGCUAUACUUAAUGAGAAAUUAUUGAUAAAGAAACUAAAGUCCAGAGCAGUGGUUGGCGGCAGUGGUGGGGAUGGAGGACAACCUCUGGGACACUCCGGAGACCUCACAAGCGGGGGAACAGUCGGGAAUGGAGUGGAAGAGGGCAACAUAAGGUCAUCGUGUGUGGGUUUCACCAGAACCUUCACCAGUGGCAAUGGAGUAGCAGGUGUGGUGGUUCCCAGAAGUGGUCAAGCUCCCAGAUACAGUCAGGGUGGAGUCAGAGGUGUGGGAGGCCUCGGCAAUGGUGGCCAAGAGUCUUGGCCGGUGGGUAGUGGUGGAGGUGGUGGUGCGGGAGUUUAA